AUGUAACCGUUUGAUUUACGAGUGAUUUAAAAGUUAUCCAAAAAUGGUGAAACGGUGCUUUAUUGAAAAUUGUUAUACUGGAAAAGACAAAGAAAAUCGGCCAGCUAUAUUCUUUAGAAUACCCAAACAUCGUCUAGAGGAAUUGAGAGGAAUACUUCCAAAAAUGGGACUUUUGGACUCGUCACGCCUGAGCUGGCGUCAUUUUGAUGAAGAAGACAUCAUUAAGGGUAAAUUUAUUUUAGGCAAAUUUUAUCCGCAACAACUAUGGCGACUGAGAGAUGGAGCUACACCAAAGCAUCUGUUAGGCCUCAAAAGACAACAGAACAACAGUCGCCCAGAAUUGGAAGAUUUGACACAGAAUGGUCCUGAAGUGAAGAAUAAGAAACAGCAGUCGAGAUGCAAAACAAUUACGUCAAUUUUGGGGAAACCUAUUUCCAGCCUUGUUCAAAAUCAGUUCACUACUCUUCCCCACACAGAGUGUACGAAGAGUUCACAACCUCUAACUGAAUCGCUUUGCACAAAUGCUCUCUCAGAUUCUGGUUUCAGUCAAGUGAAGACCUUUGACGUCUUGCUGAUGGAUUCUGCUCCUGUGCCUAUCACUACUGCCCUCCCUGAUCCUGGGUCCAGCCAAGUGACGACCUUUGAUUACUCCCUUUUGGAUUCUGCUCUUGUUCCUAUCACUACUGCUCUCCCUGAUCCUGGGUCAAGCCAAGUGAUGUUUGAAGACGAUUUUCCGAUCGAUUCUUCCCUUGGCCCUGAUGAUCUCAUAGAUACUGGAUCCGGCCAAGAGCCGCUCCGUGACGUUUCACCAAUUUAUUCUCCUUUGUUGCCUGAUAUUGACGUUCCUAAAGGUAAUAAGGCCACUGGGUGUCCGCCUUCGAGAUUUAGUUGGGAAUACGUCAAUGGCUGAACCGGGCUGAAUGGUGAAGUGGCGCGCUAUUGCGCAAUUAUUCAAUUAAAAAAACAGCAACGGGAUAGCCUAGUUUGAAACCAAGUACCGGUUAGGUUGAUCAAUAAUAAAAUAAUAAUAUAAAAAUAAUAAAAGGCCCGCGAUGGCUAAAAUAAGUGAAAUAGUUGUAGUGCCAAAACGCUAUGGUGGGUUAGGUUAGGUUAGGAUCGCACAUUUCGUCGUUGCCUUUGCCACUAGAUGGCACCACACGAAUGACUGAUUGUACAA